AUGAAUAGACGUAAAGAAAGAUAUAAAGUUAUUGAUGGAAAUAGACAAAAAGGAAUUGAAUCUGUUUUCACGAUAAUUAGUGAUAAUGAGUCUGAUAUCAUGUGUAAUUUCAUUCCUUUGGUUAAACAAUAUCUCACAAUUCAAGAAGAUGAUAAAAAAAGUGAAGAUAAAUCAGAUGAUGAGGAUUAUGUUUAUGAUGUUUAUUAUCAAGAUGAUUCUACAAUGUUAGAUGAUGAAAUUCAAUAUCAAAAUUUUGCUACUUUAACCUGGUUCGGUGGUGAAGAAAAUCAAGUAUUUGUAAAAGAAACAAAGAACCAAGAAUUAUAUGAAUAUUCCGACGAAGAAGAUUCAAACGUUCAAGAAGAUGAUAAAAAAAGUGAAGAUAAAUCAGAUGAUGAGGAUUAUGUUUAUGAUGUUUAUUAUCAAGAUGAUUCUACAAUGUUAGAUGAUGAAAUUCAAUAUCAAAAUUUUGCUACUUUAACCUGGUUCGGUGGUGAAGAAAAUCAAGUAUUUGUAAAAGAAACAAAGAACCAAGAAUUAUAUGAAUAUUCCGACGAAGAAGAUUCAAACGCUGAAGACUAUUAUACACAUGAUUAUCCAGAAGAAGAUAACGAAGAUGAAUCAAAUGAUGAUUAUUCAUCAGACGAGCAGGAUUACUACUAUUAA